AUGUUCAUAGAGCACCUCCGCAAAGCGCACCUUGAUGGAGAUUGUGUCGUCGAAUCCUUCGAUGUCACUUCGCUCUACACCAACGUCUCCAUCGAUGCUACACUACAAGCAACAUCAGAGCUGCUUCUCGAACACCAGGCGACUCUUAACAUCGGUACAACUCUCACAGCUGGUGGUCCGCUAACAUCACGAUUUCGUGGCUAUCAAGGCUCCGAAGAAGGCGACGACGCCGAAACGUUAGCCAGAAUAAAGAUCAAUAACAAUCUUGGUUCUGCUCAAGGAAGUAGUACACAAUCAAACUCUACGAUGCCAAGAUUCAAAGAAGGUGCUAUCACUCUACCGGAUGUCAUGUCUACUCUCUGUGGUUGUAAGGCAUGA